AUGCGUAUGCGCACCCAUAUAAUUAUAGAGCUGCUUCUUAUUUGCUUUGCAUGUGCAAAGCUGUCUCUUAGGCAGCUGGAAGAGCUUGAGGUUUUUGAAAUAUUAGGCAGCAAUGGAAGCGUCUAUGUAAACCCAGAUGGAUUGCUUAAUUUUUUGCAUGCGUACAUGCACUCUAAAAAUGGACAUAUGCACAACAAGCGGUACUUUUCUUCAGAAAUAAACGUGCUGCACAGCCUAUCCGCCAACCAAGAAGGCGAAGACAGCGCCCAAAGCCGGUUUAUGCACACAAAAAACGCUCCGCACGACCAGGCCUAUUCGGAUUCGGAGGGCGAAGCUUUUUCCCUAAUACGCAACUUCAUGUAUCAUGCAAGCCUUAUUGAAAUGUUUCCUUCGGAAAAUCAAGUCUUGUCCAUCGACUCUGAAGAUUUAAGCUCAUUUACCAACCUUCUUCGCGCAGUGCCAAACCAGAAGUCUGUGCACAAGUUUCUUGCAUCGCUUUGCCUUCUAAGUGAAGGGGUGUUCUUGGACAUCAAGGACACAGAUGAUGAAAUUGCUCUCUACCAAGAAGACGGCACAGCCGUGUUCUCAUUAAAGACAGAUGAGUCAGAUGCUUCUUUCAGCAGGACUGACCGGAAAGUAAGGUUCAAGGCAAAAAAUGAGAUUAGCAAAGUCUUAUUUUUCUUCAGGGAAUCUCUUCAAGAAAAGAAACUGGCAGAUAGCUUCGAACAGUACACUAAAGGAACAUUUCUAAGCACCUCGCGGUUCCUUAUACAAACAUACAUCUAUGAAUACAUAGAAAGCACGCAAGACGCAAAGGAUGUCAUUGAAAGCGUGUAUGAAAUCCUAUCCAAUGUUAUUUCGAAGGAGUCAGGGGAAAAAGGAGAGCAUUUCCGUUUAAAACGGGCAAAUUAUGCAUGCAGCAGGCUGUUUGUUUCUUCCAUUAGUACAAGAGAAAAUAGUGGGCUGCACGCGCUCAAGAAAAUCAAAGAAUGUGUGGAGGGAGUGAGCUCUUUCCCGUUCACUGACUUCAACCAGCUGCCUGCAUACAGAAGAAUCCCAGAAUAUACCCAGCAAAUAGAGGUAUCUCCACCUGCAGAGUACUCCGACUUUUUCUGCAACCACACCGAAAGCGCUUUGUACACUCUUAUGUGCUGUCUUCUGUACGACCGAGCCGCAGAAAAAUGCGUUCUAGAGGGGCUUCCAGACGCUGGCUCAACCAAGAACUUAAAAGAUUUUUUCACUAAGCGCAGUCUGCGCCCACCCGAGGUUGUUGACCUUCACACUCACAAGGCAUGGAAUAAAGUGGUAUCUGGCCUUUCCAGCCCGGACAUCAGAUAUGUGCGAGAAAGCAAGAACCAGCUUUCCCCAGGAGUGCUAAACAUGCUGCUGGUUAUUUCUGAAAUAACAGGCAAGGGCGAUGCCGAAAAGAGCAGCAUCCUUAGAUUUAUGGAUGGCCUAAAGACAGAAGAAGAGCCCACCCAGGGGUUUUACUUGAGGCUGCGCACAUACGUGGCCUCUCUGCUCGGGUCACUUCUUGUCAACAAAGAAAUAGAGGUAGAAUGCAUGGACUUUGCAAAAAGCACGGAAAAGAAUGGGCUGUGCGACGUUUAUGGCGAAAUUCAUUUAAAAUGCAAUGCAAACUCGCAGAAAGAAGUUUUUGCGAUAAAAAUCGAAAUGCAGCGUGCUUACGGCGUGUUUAUACAACGGGAAACCACGCUUCCAGAACCCUCCUUGUCUAGGCUCCAAAAAAUGGCGCAGGACUGCAAGGGACAAGACACCUUUUUAGGGUUUUUAUUCUGGAACUAUGCAGAGAGAGCUGGAAAAACAGACGACGCGUGCAUGGAAAAUUCUAUAAUGAAUGCGGUCAAAGAAUCCCAGCAUUCCUCUUUGCAAGAGGGCGUAAACCGAAUUCUUGUUUUAAAGAAAAUAGAGGGCUUAAAAUACAAGAAAGUGCUUGUGGACUUCUCUGUAUUCUACAGCAUAAACUGCUGGCAGGGAAGCGACAACCCAGGCGUGCGUACAGACCGACUUUUUCGGUUUGCUUUAAAUGUGCUAGGGAGUGCGCGGCUGGACAACACGCAGGUCCAGAAAAUGCUCCUUCCUGCUUUUAUAUACACAAACACCUAUUGUUUGGCACCGAAAAAGCUAAAGGCCUCUGAAGCGGAGUUCGGCGAUUUGUUUGAUGACUCUGAACUGAUUGAGGGGGUUGUGGACUUUGCUUUAAACAAGUGUCUAUGGCAUGCUCUUUGGUCUAUGAUGAAAAAUGCUGUGAAGAAAGUAGAGAACUCCUCAUUCUGCAAAGAACGCUCUAUUCUCUACUUUUGUAGCAUGAAGAAGAUCUUCACCCGCCUGUUUAUGAAUGGAGCCACCUGCAUAAACCGUCGGUUCCCAACCUUGAACCAGUUUCGCAGAAGAGAAGAAUGCGCCCUUUAUUCAUUGUUUAAUCUAGUCUGGCUUUCAUUUGCAUGCGAGCAUAUGAAAAACGAGCCAGAAAUUGCAGGUGCCAUGUAUGACUAUAUAUUUUGCAUUCCCAAGAAGGUGCCUUCACUUUUAAAGGAUAUAUAUUCCAUGCAGAGGGAGUAUGUUCUCUCAUAUAUGCGUGCGCACAAAAAAGGGCUGCAGGAAAGAAAGGGGGCGGAUUUGUUUAAACCGCCCAGGCAUUUGAAGCUUUUUAACCAACGGCUUGUCAGUUAUAAGUAUGAUAAGGUUUAUAAUUUCUUCAAGGCUUGA